AUGGCCCGGGCCGCGACAGCCGAGCGGGGCUGCGUUGGGCUGCUUCGCGCCUUCCUGCAGAGCCUGCUCACCCUGUUAGACAUCCUGGACCACUGGCGGCGCGGCUGCGGCUGCUUGCAUCUGCGAGAGAUCCAGUCCUGCUGGCAGGGUGCCGAAGCCCGGGGGCUGCCUAGCAGGGUGCUGAAAGGCCUGAGUCAGGUGGUCCCAGCCAGCUGCUACCUGACCUUCCAGCGCUUCGUUGCCGGUCUGCGCACCUCGCUGCUGAGAUCCGACGGUCGCACCCGGGACCCCACGCGCGCCCGGGCCGGGCCCGGAGACCAGCCGCCGCAGCGCCUGCUGUUUGCACCGGCUGUCGAUCUGCUGACGGUCCUGGAGAGGAAGCCCCUGUCCCUGGGCGUUCGCGCGCCUCUGACAGGUCCCAGAGGCCCGGCCCGCAGCCUGGAGCAGCUGUACGCCCCCGCCAAGGCGGCGCCCUGCCCAGCAGAGCCCGAGCCGUCCCAGAGCGCGGCGGUGGAACGGAGCCAGGGCGCCGACGCAGGUGCAGCGGCCUGCAGGGCCUUGGAGGCGGAUUCAGGGGAUGGCCGGCUGGCCCGCCCCCGUGCCCGAGGGGAACGUCGGAGGCACACCAUCACCAGCUGCGUGGACUGCGGCCUGCUGACGCAGAUGUAGGAACUGGAGCAGGAGAAGGAGUUGCUGCUGCAGGGUUUGGAGAUGAUGGCCGGGCGCAAUUGGUACCAGCAGCAGCUGCAACGACUGCAGGAGUGCCAGUGCAGCCUGGGCCAGAGCAGAGCCAGCGCCGACGUUGGGGCUGUGGGGAGCCCUUGCCCACUGGGACGGCUACUGCCCAAAGUAGAGGAGGUGGCCCGGUGGCGGGGGGAGCUGAUGGCUGCGGCCUGGGCCAGCCAGGCCCUGCCCACGUCCUCCUCCGGGCCCUGCUCUGUCCUGAUGUCCACCUUGUCUCCCGGAUGGCAGCAGCAGAUCAUCCUCAUGCUGAAGGAGCAGAACCGACUCCUCACCCAGGAGGUGACCGAGAAGAGUGAGCACAUCACGCAGCUGGAGCAGGAGAAGUCGGCGCUCAUUAAGCAGCUGUUUAAGGCCGGUGCCCUGAGCCAGCAGGACGCGAGGUCUCUGUACUCCACCUUCAUCUUGCCGGUGUGGACUGAGUGGGCCCCCAGGGCCGGCCUGGCACUCAGCCCUUCGAAGGUGGGUGCCUUGUCGUACCCAACCUCUCUGGCUGGAGACCCCCAGCAGGCCCAGGCAGUCCAGGAGUCGGCGCCUUCCUGUCCGCCUUGCCAUCCUGGUUCCCCAGGCCUGUCCCCGGCUGGCCCGGACACCGAGCCCUUGACUCGGUUUUGGUCUCAGGUGUUGACAUGGGCUGGGGCUCUCUUGAGUCCGCAUAGUCCGCAGCUACUACUGCCGCUGUCAGUGGACAGUGGGGGACCCCUCCACGAGUUACCAGGUCUCUGGCUGCCCUGGCUUCCAGCGAUGCUGCCUGCCCUGGGGUCCCAUCUCCAGGCAAAAGAACUGCUCACGCCAGGCUGCACUUCCGACAAAGGCCAGCAGAGGGCGCCUGGCGGCUCGGUUGCGGACCUGACGCUGCGCCCGAGACCUGCGGGUCCAAGGACGGCUUCCCCCGACCUCAACCAGGGCACCAGGACAAAGUGGCUGUCGCCCGGACAGGAGCAGAUGGAGGGGGUGGGGAUGACCUCUAAGCAGGGGAUGCCCGCCUGGCACGGGAGCCCCAGGGAUGGCGGUCGGAUUUCAGGUUCCGGCCAAGCCUGA